CACAGCCUCCGCUGCCGGGCGCGUGGGCUCCUGCCCAGGUGUGGCGGCUGCGGGGAGGCGGUGCGGGGAACCGGCGUCCUCCGGCCGGCCGGGACUCGGUGUCUAGCAGCCGCUCGCCUGCGCGGGUGACAGCGGCGUGCGGGCCGGGAAGAGCAGGGCACGCUGUCCCCGGCUCCGCGGCUGCCGGUGAAAGCCAUGCGUGGCUUGCGGGCACCGCCCGGGAGCUAGUGAGGGGCGAGCGCGGCGCCCACGCGCGGCGGGGUGGGCUCCGCGCUCCCGGGGACCGGGCGGGGCGGGGCUCAUCCUGCAAAGUUGACCCAGGGCAGGCUACCGCCGGCGUCCUGCUGCCCUAGAUUCGCCGGGUUCUUCCAGCGGAGCCAGGGGUGGACGUCGCCGGCCCGCUGACACCCGAGGGACCCGGAGAAGCCAGCGGGCGUCGGCGGAAGCCCGCGCAACGCGAGAUGGAGGCUGCAAGAGGGGACGUGCGGGCCGGCGCCGAGUAGCCCGCGGGCCCCGGGGCUGGACCUUGCCCGGACGCUGUGAGGGCGCGCGAGCAGGGCCCUCCCCCGGGCUGCCAUGGAGGUGCCCAAUGUCAAGGACUUUCAGUGGAAGCGCCUUGCUCCACUGCCUAGCCGCCGGGUCUACUGCUCACUGCUGGAGACCGGAGGGCAGGUCUAUGCCAUCGGGGGAUGUGAUGACAAUGGCGUCCCGAUGGACUGCUUCGAGGUCUACUCCCCCGAGGCCGACCAAUGGACCUCCCUGUCCUCCCUGCCCACAGCCAGGGCCGGGGUAGCGGUUACUGCCCUAGGAAAGCGGAUUAUGGUGAUCGGGGGUGUGGGCACCAAUCAACUGCCUCUGAAGGUCGUGGAAAUGUACAAUAUCGAUGAGGGCAAGUGGAAGAAGAGGAGCGUGCUGCGUGAGGCUGCCAUGGGCAUUUCUGUUACAGCCAAAGAUUAUCGAGUGUAUGCUGCAGGUGGGAUGGGCCUGGACCUUCGUCCACACAACUACUUGCAACACUACGACAUGCUAAAGGACAUGUGGGUGUCGCUAGCACCCAUGCCCACUCCAAGAUAUGCUGCCACCUCAUUCCUCCGGGGCUCCAAGAUCUAUGUGCUGGGGGGACGACAGUCUAAGUAUGCGGUCAAUGCCUUCGAGGUCUUUGACAUAGAAUCUCGGUCCUGGACCAAGUUCCCCAACAUUCCCUGUAAGCGGGCCUUCUCCAGCUUUGUGACCCUGGACAACCACCUGUACAGCCUGGGAGGCCUGCGGCAGGGUCGUCUCUAUCGGCAGCCCAAGUUCCUCCGGACAAUGGAUGUGUUCGACAUGGAACAGGGGGGAUGGCUGAAGAUGGAGCGCUCAUUCUUCCUUAAGAAGCGCCGGGCAGACUUCGUGGCUGGUGGCCUAAGUGGCCGGGUCAUAGUGGCUGGGGGACUCGGAAACCAGCCCACUGUCCUGGAGACAGCAGAAGCGUUCCACCCAGAGAAGAACAAGUGGGAGGCCCUCCCUGCCAUGCCCACCCCACGCUGUGCCUGCUCCAGCAUUGUCUUCAAGAACUGUCUCCUGGCUGUGGGGGGUGUCAGCCAGGGUCUGAGUGAUGCCGUGGAGGCGCUGUGCGUCUCUGACUCCUAGCUGGCCCGAGCUUGGCUGGACAGCAGCACUCCACUCCUGACACGAGGGAUAGUCUCAUCAAAGCAGUUUGGACUACAUUCUCGGUCUCCAACUCCUGUUAAGAGCCAGUGGGGCCAAGCCCUAGGGCUCUCAGUGACCUCCCUCUGUCCCCUAACCUACCAACCAGUCCCAGAAAGCUGAAGAAAGUGCAGUUGACUCCACCAGUAAGUUAGAGCUGGGCUGUGGUCUGGGGAGAAUCCCUACUCAGUGUUCAGACACAGAAAGGCACGGGAAUGUUCCCUCCUCUCACCUACCUCCCGGGGUAGGGGGCAGUUGCCACCCGGAGGGGGAGCCCUUGUUGUCCUUCCCCGUCUCUGAGCUAGUCUGAGUGUCAUGAUGAACUCAUGAAGAAUGGGGCUUCCCAAGCCCCUUCCCCAUACAGAAGUCAGCUGCGGGCCUGCCCCAGACCCCACCGACUUACCAGGCCCUGGACUUGAAGCCAAGGUGGGGGUGUGUAGGGAAGGUUGUCGGGGACUCACACACCAGGCCAGGCCAACAGCCUUGGCAGGAAGGACCCUUCCUCUCGGGUCCUUGUUGGGCAUGUGGUGAUGGAGUGUCAAUAUCUUCUGUGUUCUGCCUUCUGCCACAUUCUUCCUACCCGAGGCCUGGCCAUCCUGUGCUCAACAGCUCUCGGCGUGUUUCCGAUUGAAACCUUCUCAUUUACACUGUGGCUUCCAAAUCCACCAAGGGUGGAUUAAUAACAGCAGCACAAUGAUUGACA